AUGGAGGUGUGCAAGUGGAGUCUGCGCCGGGAUCGCUCGGGCUGGGACAAAGCCGAGCGGAUCCCAGGCGAUGUCAGCCUGCAGGUGUGUGGCCGCAGUGAGCGCGCCUCCAGGUGUGCAGCGGGAUGGAGGAUAAAAGAAGAGAUGGGAAGAGCAGCUGUGCUGGAGGAAUGGGGUCUGAGCCUAGAGGAGAUGCCCCGGCACCUGUGGGAGGCAGGCCCUCCCGUCCUCUCUCCUGCCCAGGAUGUCCACCACCACCAGCCUCUGAGGAGGGGGGCACAGCCCUGGCAUGCAGCUCUGCCCAGCAGCCUGGCACCUGCCCCUGCCGCCCAGGAGGCCUCCCGGCCUGCCACUGCCCCCAGACCUCCCCGCUGUGGCGUGCCCGACCCACCUGAUGGGAUGAAUGCCCAUAACCGUCAGAAGCGGUUCGUGCUUUCGGGUGGGCGCUGGGAGAAGACGGACCUCACCUACAGGAUUCUCCGGUUCCCAUGGCAGCUGGUUCGGGAGCAAGUACGGCAGACAGUGGCAGAGGCCUUACAGGUGUGGAGUGAAGUGACACCGCUCACCUUCACUGAGGUGCAUGAGGGCCACGCUGACAUCAUGAUCGACUUUACCAGAUACUGGCAUGGGGACAACCUGCCGUUUGAUGGGCCUGGGGGCAUCCUGGCCCAUGCCUUCUUCCCCAAGACUCACCGAGAAGGGGACGUCCACUUCGACUAUGAUGAGACCUGGACUGUCGGGAACAACCAGGGCACAGACCUGCUGCAGGUGGCAGCCCACGAAUUUGGCCAUGUGCUGGGGCUGCAGCACACGACAGCAGCCAAGGCCCUCAUGUCCCCUUUUUACACCUUCCGAUACCCACUGAGCCUUAGCCCAGAUGACCGCAGGGGCAUUCAGCACCUCUAUGGCCGGCCCCAGCCGGCCCCCACCUCUGGGGCCUCAGCCCCGGGCCCCCAGGCUGGGGUGGACACCAACGAGAUUGCACCACUAGAGCCGGAAGCCCCACCAGAUGCCUGUGAGGCCUCCUUCGAUGCGGUUUCUACCAUCCGAGGUGAACUCUUCUUCUUCAAGGCCGGCUUCGUGUGGCGGCUGCGAGGGGGCCAGCUGCAGCCCGGCUACCCUGCGCUGGCCUCUCGCCACUGGCAGGGACUGCCCAGCCCUGUGGAUGCAGCCUUUGAGGAUGCCCAGGGCCACAUCUGGUUCUUCCAAGGCGCUCAAUACUGGAUGUACGACGGUGGGAAGCCAGUCCUGGGCCCUGCACCCCUCUCUGAGCUGGGCCUGGUGGGGUCCCCAAUCCAUGCUGCCUUGGUCUGGGGUCCCGAGAAGAACAAGAUCUACUUCUUUCGAGGCGGGGACUACUGGCGUUUCCACCCCAGCACCCAGCGUGUGGACAGUCCCGUGCCCCGCCGGGCCACUGAUUGGCGAGGUGUGCCCUCUGAGAUUGACGCGGCCUUCCAGGAUGCUGAUGGCUAUGCCUACUUCCUGCGGGGCCGCCUCUACUGGAAGUUUGACCCUGUGAAGGUGAAGGCCCUGGAGGGCUUCCCCCGUCUCGUGGGCCCCGACUUCUUUGGCUGUGCCGAGCCUGCCAACACUUUCCGCUGAGAAUGGCUUGGAUACCCUCAGGGGGCGCUGACCCCUGCCAGACCACUGAUAUCAGGCUAGAGACCCACAGCCACCUUUGUGGCCCUGGGCACUAGGCACGGACAGAGCCCCUGUCUCCUCGGGGGUGGAGUAUGGGUGCAACCACCAUGACAACUGCAGGGAAGGCCAUGCGGGUCGUGGUCACCUGCCAGCAACUGUCUCAGACUGGACAGGGAUGCUUUGGCAUUACUAAGAGUGAGGAUAGUCUCAGACUGGCUUUACCCCACCUGUACAGGUCAUGGUCAAGUCUGGCUGCCCUCGGUCUACAUCCCUGUCUCUCAGGGUAGGACCUCGGCAGGGCUGGGGAGGGGGUGCUUCCUGCUAGAGACCCCAGGCCCUGGAGGCCUCAACAUACCUCAAUCCUGUCCUGGGCCGGAUCCUCCUGAAGCCCUCAUGCCAGCACUGGUAUUCUCCAAAGCCAUGUAAAUGUGUGUACAGUGUGUAUAAACCUUUUUUUUUUUUUUUUUUUACUGAGGACUGUCAUUAAACAGUUGUUUUCUA